CACGGCACUUUCAUUUGUUUACGAGGGCACGUGGCGAGCAGCCGAUUCGAACGCAACUGAGCAGCCGGUAAACAUGGACCAAAAGCUUCGCAAAGCGCCGAAACAUUACAAAGAUCUCAACAUCCCUGCUCUAAAAAAUACCUGCAAAGACGUUUUUACACCGAUGCGGUUGAAUAAGAGUGCAGUGUGGUGUACUCUGUGUACUUCUGACAUUCCAAAAGAAAAUUGACUUAGUCUUGGUUUUCUGGAACAUCAGAAGGUCAGGGUGGUAUAUUUAAAAAGGUGUUUUUGGAAUCUCACGUCGUCCCUAAAAUGAAAUUUUAGAAGAAAGUUACUUGUUAUUGAAAAAUAUAUUGAUAUGCUAGGCGGAGUACCAUCCAAGCACACGCUUGCUUCUAAUGAAAGCAUCAGCAAACGUCAAGCUAAGAAAAUGCAAAAGGAGCUUGAAAAAAAUCGGAAGAAAGAACAGAUGCUGUUAGCAGAUCCUCAUUUUAAGCAAUGCCAGUUCGUCGUGGUGAAAAAAAACCGUUUAUGCCGGCAACGCGCAAUCAAGGGCUGUGAUUAUUGCGGCGAGCAUCUGAUGACCUCGGAUCAAAGGGGCGAUUACGCUCGGAUGCCAUGCCCACUGGAUCCAUCACAUUCGUGCUACGAGCAUCUGUUAAACGCCCACAUCAAAAAGUGCAAUGCCCGCGAAAAACCACUACCCCCAUACCUUGUAAAGAAUAUCAAUGGAGAGGACGUGCCAUCACCCGAAGAGAAAAUAUCUGUGCAUACUGUUUCUGAUGAAGAACUCCAGGCUCUCAUACAACGUAUUGAAUCAAUUUAUGAAAGUUCUGUAUCACACGUGAUGCAAUACGAAAGCACAUGCCAUUUAUUAAUAGUGGAGGAACUUACCAAAUUUAAGGAUUGUACCACAUUAGAAAAACAUCUUCGCCAGCAGGGGCACCUCAUCCAAUUGCUAUGUGACAAAGGAUUAAUAACAGAAGGCCACAUAUUUGUGGAAUUCGGCGCGGGGCGCGGACAGCUGGCCACGUGGGUGAUGCGAGCUCUUGGAGACAAAGCCGUACGGAAAAGCGCGUUUGUCCUCGUUGACAGGGAUUCUCAAAGAUAUAAGGCCGACAACCGCUUUAUUGAUGAGUGGGGACCAUUCAUUCAUCGAAUUCGUGCUGACAUUCGUCAUUUGUGUAUCGAGCGUCUCGAACCAUUCAAAGUGCAUAAGGACCGUGUUGUGGGAUUCUGCAAGCAUCUCUGUGGGGUUGCUAUCGAUCUUGCGCUUCGAUGCAUUACCAGCACUAUUGGGUACAAUAAACUGCCUAAAGGUCUGGUAAUGGCAGUGUGUUGUCACCACCGUUGUGAGUGGCGCUGGUAUACAGGAAAAAGUUGGCUCGAAGGCUUAGGGAUAAGCGAAAGAGAAUUUCAAUUGCUAGCGUCCAUAGCAGGUUGGGCUACCUGUGGAAACGAGUCUCGUUCAACCAAGAAUCGCUGUGGUCGGAAAACUGAAGAUCUUUCAGGCAAAAACGGAACGGCGAAAGCUCAAGUCAAAGCUAAAAAAACACUCUUUCCAGACAAAAACGGGGAAAGAUCACUUAUUGCGAGCAUCAUUGAACCAAAGAAGUCUGAGGCCAGUGAAACGGCCAACUGUGGGCUCAUGAGGCCUAAAGAGCUUGAUAAAAAGGGGCACAUAUCUUCUGAUGUAGACCAAGAAAAAUCUGGACGCUAUCAAGCCAUGGGUUUGAGUCCAGAUCGGCGCACGGAAAUUGGUUAUAAGGUUAAAGCCAUACUGGACGAAGGUCGAUUGAAAUAUCUUCGCUCUGUGGGAAUGAUUGCCGACCGAGUUAACUUUAUUUCAAAGAUCUAUACACCAGAAAACUUUGCGAUUGUCGCAACGGGUCCUACGGCACCCCAAUAAAGACGAACUUAAUUAUUGAGCAAACUUAUUAAUAUUUUUUUGCUUGUUGUCUGCAAACUUAUUAUAAUUUCAAUUU